AUGGUUGAAAUCGAUAACGCUGAUCAUACCAAAUUUGAGGUGGUUUCAGACCCUUCUGCUGUAAACAUCCACGGAACAAUCACAGGACCCCACUCGGACCUAGAAAUGCGAAACAAAGUAGUAUGCUGCCUCCGUGAGCUGCUGCAUGUAGUUCAGUCAUCUUAUCAUGAAGAUGUCGUUGAACUAAAUUUUAUACAAAGUGGUUCUCUUCUUAUUGAAUUUUAUGAAUGGAGGCGAAAAAAAACACAAGAAUUAAUGCAAGCACUUUGCUCAGGUCAUCUUGAUCCAGAGGACCUUUCCUUGGUCAGUGAUUACAUGUCGGGUCAUGUCAAUAGUGAUGCUAUUUUUCCACCGAAUGGGGCUUUUCCUCCUUGUUUGGGUUCCCAACCAGUCUCUUUGGAUAAUGACUCAGAGGAUGACGAAGACGAACGCCGGCUGGACGAGAAUUCCCUACUGAAAUAUGCAGUAGAUGAAGUAAGCAUUCUUAAACGUGUCCUUGAACUCAAACGGGAUGGCUUAUGGUCAAUCGACGAUUCAUCUUGUGGAACAACAGAAACUGGAAGUAUCGAUAUCUCAACUAGUAUUUCUUUAGUUCCACCUUCUGAGCCAACAUGUCGUACUUACAGUGAUUAUAUGUUUGCAGAAAUUAAUUGGUUAGCUGAAGAUUUUAAGCGUGAACGUCAAUGGAAACGAGUGUCCGCUAAGAAACUUGCCCUAACCGCCCUCAAAUGUUGUCGAGACAAGAGUGAACGAGCGUUAAAAAUAGAAAAGGAGGAGGUGGUCCGCAUUCGGAAGAUGUGUGCAUUUAUUGCUAGGAUGGUCCGUGAUUGGUGGCGUCAGAUGGAUAAGAUUGUUCAAGCCAAACAACAAGUACGAUUAACUGCUAAGCGUCAGCAAGCCAUUAGUUCACAUCUUGGUCAAGUACUUGAAACAACUGAGGAGUAUACUCGUUGGUUGACUGAAGGAAUAACCAGUUCUAAACCAAAGAAAACUACUGUUAGUAGUACUAAGUCAUCUGGAGGCAACAAUCAAAACGAAAAUGUAUCAGAUAGUGGACAGCGUAUUCUGAAAUCUCCUGUAAGGGAACUCGACACCUCCGACGAAGAGUUCACUGUAGAUGAAGUAGCUUUGAAUGAAGUUGAUGAUGAAGAAACUAUAGAGCAGGAAGAAAAAAUCGCCAUAGAGGAUCAACAUGGUUCUGAGACGUCUACAGCUGUGGAGCUUGAACAAUUAGCAGCUGAUGCCGAUUGUCCAUUGGAAGAUCUUUUGCCUCCCGGAUAUCUCGAAUUCAUCACAUCAAAUUCCUCAGUGAUUUCAGAAGUACAACAUUCGUCAGCCAGUGAGGUUAAGGAUUCUGGCGAACCAUACAAUAAGAAAAGGAUAGAAGCUGAUGCAGUUUGUCAGGUCAUCACAUGCUCCUCUGAAAUCCCUAAAGAAUGUCAGUAUCCAGAGAAAAGUGAAGAAACUAAGUCUGAAGCUAAUGUUUCUGUUUUUGAAAAGAAAGAGUUAGAUGUGCCUAAAUUGGAAGUAAGUCUAUCAGCGAAAGAAACAAUGAUCAAUUUCGCUAAUAAGAACGAACCCAACCUCGAAAUCGCCUCAAACACGUUUGAUUUAAAAUCAAACUCACAGUCUCUACUAACUAAAGAGAUUGAAGAUACUGAUAAUGAAGUGGAACUAGCGAACUCAAAUGUAAACGAGUGUCCAUCAGUAAAAAGGGGUUGUGAAAUAAUACUAAAAAAGGUUAUGGAUCAUGACGUGAAUGCUAGUGUAAUGGAAGCUGAAAGUAAUACUGAUGUAGUUCUCCUUAAUAAUAAAGGCGAAGAAACACAAAAGUCAUCCUGUCAAACAUCUGCAUGUGAACCAAUUAUUGAGUCUACAACGAAUGAAGGAAAGAACGCUUCCUCAGGAGUUGGUUUAGCUACAGUAUCUUCCCCCUUUCUCCUCUCCGGUGGAAAUCUUAGGGAAUAUCAAUUAGUUGGAUUGUCUUGGCUGGUCGCCACUUAUGACAAGCGUUUAAAUGGAAUCCUCGCUGACGAAAUGGGUCUAGGUAAAAACUAUCCAAACGAUUUCACUACUCGCCUAUCUAGCUUAUUAGCUAUUCAAGAUGCAAUCGCUUUUAAACGUAAAAAGUGGAAAUAUCUCAUUUUAGACGAGGCUCAAAACAUAAAAAAUUUCAAAUCUCAACGUUGGCAAACUCUGCUUACUUUCAAUAGUCAACGGCGUUUACUCCUUACUGGUACACCAUUACAAAAUUCCUUAAUGGAACUCUGGUCCUUGAUGCAUUUCUUAAUGCCAAAUAUAUUUCAAUCUCAUCGAGAUUUUCAAGAAUGGUUUGCCUCACCCAUUACAGGGAUGAUUGAAGGGAAUACUGACCAUAAUGAAUUACUGGUUCAAAGGCUACAUAAAGUCCUUCGUCCUUUUUUGUUACGGCGUCUCAAAGCGGAUGUUGAGCGUCAACUUCCAAAGAAGUACGAACAUGUUAUCAUGUGUAGAUUAUCAAGAAGACAACGGUUUUUAUAUGAUGAUUUUAUGUCACUUGGAAGCACUCAGGAAACCUUAAAAUCUGGCCAGUUCCUAUCAGUCAUGAACAUACUUAUGCAGCUACGAAAGGUUUGCAAUCAUCCAAAUCUGUUUGAAACUAGGCCAAUCAUUUCUCCGUUUCGGGUAGCCGAUUCAUAUUUAACAUAUUCUCUUCCAAGAUUGCUGGUAUCUAUGAGUCACCCCUUCUUAGUAUUUGCCCCGAGCUCGAAUGGUAGUCGAAGUGUUUUCGGAUCAGCUUCAGCAUUUUCUGAUCCUGAUUUAGAUUGGUUGGAUACCGCGGGAUUGGUUGCUCGUCUCUUGGGACAAACGAUGAAUUUAGUCGAAAUGGCUCGGGAUUUACCAGGAUUUGUCGCAAGACGAUGUCAUCAGUUGUGUGCGCGAGAAAACUUGAUUACCAUUAUUGACUCUAGUGACGUAAUCGAUGAUGUCACUUCUCAGAGAAUACAGUUUAACGAACUGAAGAAAUCCCGAAAAUCUCAAGGAGAAUAUCUGAACAGAUCCCCCUUAUUUGACUCAAAGUGUUUUGUGUAUUCUGAUGGAUACUAUCCUUCGCUUUCGUCCCCCACCAAUCUCGAACCCACUAUAGUUAAAGUUGACUUCCCGAGAAAUACUUGGGAUAUUGGUAUGCCAAAGUCCUGCUUGCGUCGUCGUUUUGUUGAACGAUGUAACAGAUUGCUGUUGAUGAGUAGAAUUAAUGAACGCCGUUGUGAUUUAACGUUCAAAUCACAUUCAAAUGAUAUUGGAACGUAUUGGGACCAUGGAACCCACAUUGGACCAGAUUUGAUUUUUCUCAUUAAUCGUUUGAUGCUUGAAAAACCUGUCGAAAAUCUACAGGAUGUCCACAUAUAUCCUGGUCUCAUUAAUGGCGCAGUUUACUGUCAACAAAGCCUGCAUACCUGGCCAGUAAAGUGCUCUCCUCUAAGCAGUAUUAUAAGUUCUACGGUUGACCAAAUAUCUUGUUUUGAAGGUAAUAUACAUCAAAUGAGUUCACUCAGUAUGGAAUCCAUUAGCUCUAGACGUACGUCCUGGCUUCGAUCAUCUCGUUCUCUUCGAGAGAUGUUACACAGCCCCGGUGACUACUUAAAUGACUUACGCGAAAUUCUCAAAAGGUUCGUUUUUGUAGUGCCUGCUGUUAUAUCAUCGGGUUUUACACUUCAAGUUUCCAACCAUGCUCUGGAGCAUCAACUUAUCAAUCAAGAAAUUCGGAUUCGAGAUAUGCUUCUAUCCUCAGGGUGUUUACAUCCUUCGUUUUUUCCUAUGAACUCAUCUGAAUAUCAUGAGCGAAAAACCUUGAACCGUUUAACAACUUGGAGUCCUCAGAUGUGGUUGAUGCCAUCAAAGUUACAUCAGUUGGUUAUGUCCUGUCGUAUUCAAUUCCCUGAUCCACGUCUGAUACAAUACGACUGUGGAAAACUACAACGACUUCAUAGUUUGCUACGUGAACUUAAGUCGGGGAAUCAUCGCGUUCUUAUUUUCACUCAAAUGGCCCGAAUGUUAGAUAUUCUAGAACAAUUUCUGGCAUAUCAUGGACAUCGUUAUUUACGUCUGGAUGGAACCACGAAAGUGGAACAACGUCAAGUUUUAAUGGAGCGUUUCAAUCAGGAUAGUCAAAUUUUCGUUUUUAUACUAUCUACUCGUUCUGGUGGUUUAGGAAUCAACUUGACUGGAGCUGACACAGUUAUAUUUUAUGAUUCCGAUUGGAAUCCCACUAUGGAUGCUCAAGCGCAAGAUAGGUGCCAUCGAAUCGGACAAACUCGUGAUGUUCAUAUUUAUCGCUUGAUAAGUGAAAGAACAGUGGAAGAAAAUAUAUUACGUAAAGCUAAUCAAAAACGCUUCCUCAGUGACGUGGCUAUUGAAGGGGGCAAAUUCACCACAGCUUUUUUCAAACAAAAUACCAUAACAGAAUUAUUUGCAGAGCCAUCUGGACUUCAGGAUUUAGCAAAAAUGAAAGGAUCAGCUACUCUUAUGGAGACUUCUUCGCUUUCUCAUUCUGAUAAAAAAUGCAUGGAUUCUAAUUUCGGAAGUGUAUCUCAGUCUGGAGAUCGAGUUGUAGUUACACAUCUUGUCCCAGAAAUUCGUCCUGAUGGUUGUAUGUCAACAUCAGCAUCUGCCUCUCCACGUGGUGUCAGUGCUAAUGAAUCGUCAGGUCUUAUAUCGAAUUCUGAAGCCCAGUUGGAAGCUCUGCUUGACGCUUGUGAAGAAGAAAGUGAUCGUAUUGCCGCCAGACGAGUGUUAGAUGAGGCAAAAGCAGAUUUGGCAGAAUUCGAAGAAAAAUCACCUUACAAUGAAGACAACAAUGAUUCUAUCAUUGCUGAUGAUAAUGGUUCAAACAUUCCUUCUGUAACAGUUAUAGAACCAUUUUCUCGUCUUCGAAGCUGUCUACAGCAAUCGGAUGAAGACAAUACUGCAUCACAAAAUACAAACGAAACAUUGGAAACAAUCGAACAAAUUGUGGAACGUGAGUUACUUGGCUUCGAAUCCCAGUUGAAACCUGUUGAGCGAUUUGGAGUUCGGCAAGUUGAAGAACAAAGGGAACAUAUGCUAAAUGAACAGUUAGAUAUGGCUGACGCCGAAUUAAUAGAGUCCGAAAAGGUAUGGCAUCUUGAAAAACUGAAAGCCUUACAUGAGGCAGACGAACAGCGAGCUGAUUUAGAAGAUGAUGACAUGUUUUACUGUUGCGGUAAAUAUGAUGUCUCCAGCCAGUUAGCUGAAUUGGAACGUUUGGAGAGAAUCCGUAUGGAGGAAACUAAUGAUGCAGAUGCGUCGAUUAACCUUUUAGAUUCUGGACAGAUAUUUUCUAGUGGGCGAUCUAAAUAUCCUAGGAAGCGACCAUAUGAUUCGUGUUCAACUGCACAUAAAGUCCAAGUUCGACAGGUAGUGUGUCCACGACUCUCACGGACAAACAAGUCAACGAGGUCUACUAGUGUUGGAAAGGUGCCUAAACGACCAAGGUUGGAUAAACCGAAGAAACCGAUAGAUAUCACAUUCGUUAGUGACAAUGAAAAAGACGAAAUAAACAUCAAUCAAGAUAUUAAUAAAAGAGCCAAGUCUACAAAUCAGCCAACACAAUUUGAUAUUAUUGAAAGUAGUAAAACUGGAAUCAAGGCAUUUGUUGAGAAAAUGCAUUUUCCACCGACGGUCCACACCAAAAGGUUUCAUAAGUCUGGUAUUCGAAAUACUAAUCUCUAUUCACAAAGUAAUAAUCCUCAAUCUAAAACUGGUGCAUUUUUACAACAGGAUGUAAUAUCUUCCAGUAAACUCGAAAAGAAUUAUGUAUCAUCUCGGUCGUAUCCAAUUCCAGAACUCUCUAAAGAGAAUGUAGGCUACAAAGGAUCAGAAGAGAUCCAUCAUUUCGAUCAAUCGCAUUCGCAAUACAAUAGAUCAACUACUCAAACUCAGAAAAGGAUAGACAGACGAAAUACAGAAUGUCAUCUUCCAGAUAAAGUGUUUCGAUUUGAUGCACCGAAUUCUGUGAUUUCUUCCAACCACUAUGAUCCUGAAAAUGUGGCGCAUGAGGAAAUUGUUGAAGCUAAUAAUUUAAUUGAGUUACCUUUCAAUCAACAGUCAAAUAACGUCCUCUCAGACGCAUUCGAGGUUUCUGUGGGGAGUUCAACUAAAUUACAGUCCGACCGAAUACCUGGUUUUCACAAUGAUAUCUCGGGUUCAGAAGGGCUCAGUGCUACUGGUAUAUCAUGUACGAAAUAUGUUGUACCAUCAACCACUACUACUCCUGGUAUACAUUUACAAAACAGAUACCAAAAUUCACCAGAUAUACCGUUCCGUUGGUUGAGCCCAACGACCCCGUCGGUUCAGCAUCCUCCGGAGCCCAUGAUUCCUGUUCAGUCUAUUCCCGAUGGAAGUCAUCUGAACUUAACAGCAAGACAAGUAUUGGCUUCAACUGGACAACCUGUGUUUGUAAUUACACGCCAAAUGAAAACACCUUCGGGUGAAAUAUAUCAACAACGCUUUACUCAUCCCGUUGUUCCGCCAUCACAGUUUACACGCAUGGUUUACCGAUUACAAAAACCGUCGGGGAUCUCUUCUCGAACCUCUACACUUUUAGAAACUAAUCGUAUUCGACAACCUCAACUACCGACUGAAUCGUCAAUAACUUAUAGACCGGCAAUGUUGAAUAAUCCUCCUACCGCGGGCGCGUUAGUUAUGAGACCAGUCGCUAAAACUGUAAAUGUAAAUGUGUCUCCUGAUUCUGGAUUACAGGAUAUGACAACCUCUGUAAAGCAUUUUUCUCAACCUCCCCGAUUUUCAGCGAAUGGCAUCAAGUGUGCAACGAGCAUUCCUGUGAUAAGAAUGAUUAACUGUGACGCUAACAAAACAGGUCCUAUCAUAAGACUGGUCUCCUCAGAAAUAAAUCAUAUCAACAAUGAUGUGACCCAUCCACAUAAUUCUCAGUCGGUUUCAGCGCUACUUACACCAACUAACACUGUUCGAAUCGGGAACACUGUACGACUCAUUCCCAAUCAUAUUUCCAAUUCCAAUGCACAGGUUAUUAGGUUACAGCGUGUAGUCUCCAACUUGACGCAUCCCAAAAACACAUGA